AGAACAGACGAGACGAAAUGGAAAAUUCUGAGUUGUUCACUCUUUAUUCCUUCACUCUUGAAAUUCCCUUCAUCUUUUCCUUUACCAAUCACUGCAUUUUCUUCUCUCUUUUUUCUCUACUCCUUCACGAAAAUAUUAAAUUGUAGUUUCUUUAACUUCCCCAUGAAGUUGUCUCUCACACUCCUUCACUACAACUUUAACUCCACUCCCCAUUCUUUUCGUCUCUUCACAACACUCGCUUAUUUUCUCUCCGUCUCCGUCUCUGUUUGAUUUUGGUUUUGCAAUGGCGAGUCACACUGAUACUCCUAAAAAUCACAUUGAGAAUCUCAGGAAAACAAGGUUUUCUAUCGGCGGAAAUGAAAAUCCAUUGGCUUGCAUGCUUGACAAGGCUGUUGAAUAUCUCUCCGCUGAACUCUACGCUAAGGACGUUCACUUUCUCAUGGAGCUUAUUCAGAAUGCUGAAGAUAAUGUAUAUCCGGAAGGUGUUGAUCCUUCACUUGAGUUUGUCAUAACCUCUCGAGACAUAACUGCUACUGGUGCCCCUGCCACUUUGCUUAUUUUCAACAAUGAGAAGGGUUUUACUGCUAAGAAUAUUGAGUCCAUUUGUAGUGUUGGUAAUUCUACAAAGAAAGGAAAUCGAAAACGCGGUUAUAUUGGGGAAAAAGGAAUCGGGUUUAAGAGCGUGUUUCUCAUUAGCGCACAACCUUACAUAUUCAGUAAUGGGUAUCAGAUAAGGUUCAAUGAGAAACCUUGUCCAGACUGCAAGCUUGGCUACAUUGUUCCUGAAUGGGUUGAGGAUAUUCCAUCUCUUUCUGACAUUAAGCAAAUCUAUGGUUCCAGUUCUUCUGUUCCUACUACAACCUUAAUUCUGCCUCUGAAGCCUGACAAGAUGAAUGCUGUAAAGCAGCAGCUUUCCAGCAUUCAUCCAGAAGUACUGUUGUUCCUUUCAAAGAUUAAGCGCCUCUCUGUCAGGGAAGGUAACGAGGAUGCAAGACUCAAUACUGUGAAUGCAAUAGCUAUUACAAAAGAGACAAAUUUUAAGACAAGGAAGAACAUUGACGCUGAAUCGUACACUCUUUAUCUGUCUACGGCUGAUAACGGUGAUAGCUUGGGUGGCGAAUGCAGCUACUAUAUGUGGAAGCAGAAAUUUGCCGUCAAACAGGAAAAUAAAGUAGAGAAAAGAACAGAAGUCGAAGAUUGGGUGGUCACCUUGGCUUUUCCAAAUGAAAAUCGUCUGCAGAGAGGAACCAGAUCACCAGGGGUUUAUGCAUUUCUUCCAACAGAGAUAGUUACUAACUUUCCCUUUAUAAUUCAAGCCGAUUUUAUUCUGGCAUCGUCAAGGGAAACCAUACUAUUGGACAACCCGUGGAAUCAAGGCAUUCUUGAUUGUGUGCCCCAUGCUUUUGUCAAUGCAUUAAUAUCACUUGUCAAAAACAUAGAAAAUGCACCAGUAUCUAGUUUGCCUCGUAUGUUCGAGUUCCUGCCAGUCAACAGCUCUCCCUAUCCAAAGUUAAAUGCUGUGAGGGAAUCAAUCAAAGCAAAACUGGCUGCGGAAGAUAUUAUUCCAAGUGAGUCAUACACGGAGCAGAAAUUCUUUUACAAACCAUCUGAAGUUGGCAGACUCAUGCCCGAUUUCUGGAAUUUACUAAUGAAGGCGAGAAAACAAGGAGUGAGCUUGCUUAAUCUAUCAUCACAUGGUUAUUAUAUUCUGAAUUCUUCAUUUGACAAGUUGGAAUAUGAUCAGAUUCUGAAUUUUCUGGGAGUGAAAGCAGUGAACUAUGAAUGGUACGCUAAGUGUAUCCAGGGCUCUAAUCUUGUAAUGGGAGUCUCAGAGGAAACAUAUCUUGAUCUUCUCAUAUUCCUCGCUGAUAACUGGCAGCUCAAAUUUCAAAAUAGUGAAAUGAUAAAAAUUUCACUGAUAAAAUAUGUGAGUGCCAGUGGGAGUGUGUGUUUGGGCAGCAUUAGUGAGUCAGCAAAUGGCAAAUACAUUAUGUCCUUAGCAGAGAAUGUUACUUAUGCUUCUUGGUUAAUUGAUUGGAGCAGAGAGUUCAGAUGCGUGGCAAAUUACUUUUUUAUUCCACAAACUACACAGCUCGCUAUCAGGUCAUGUUCCAAAGGGCAAGCUGUGCGUGACUGGCUUGUAGAUCAUGUAAAAGUUACUGACUGCAAUGUGUACAAGUAUGCAACUAUCCUCAACAAUCAUGUCAGAGCUGAACCAAAACUAUCCAUUGUUUAUGCUUACUUCUUACAGAAUUCCAUCUUCUGUAAGCAUUUGUCGGAGUUGGAUGUUACUAAACUAUGUCGUAUUAUGCCUCUAGUUGACAGAUAUGGGCAUGUGAAAACAAAUUGGACCGCAGUUCUUGUUCCUGCUAAUGGAAGCCAUUGGAUAAAGUUGAUCGGUUCGAAUCCCUGGAGAAAUGAUGGCUAUGUUGAGUUAGGAGAAGAUUACUCACGUCGUGGAUUUUAUGCCGGUCAAACAACAACUGAGAACCAGCUCAUAAAAUUCCUGAAAGAAUAUCUUGGUGCUGCUGACAUUCCUCAUAUAAUGCCUCCCAAUGCUGGGAUUUCUACUGUGUCGGCGCCACUUACCAAGCAGAACGCGUUCUUGCUGUUGAAAUGGAUUCGAAACAUGAAGUAUAUUGGAGUUGGCAUUCCAGAAAAGUUUUUAACUUGCGUAAAGGAGGGUAGCUGGCUUAAAAUUACCAUGAAUGGUUCUCCUGGGUACAAACCACCAUCACAAUCAUUCCUACUCACCUCAAACAGUGGAAAUUCCAGCUGGGGAAACAUAAUGCAGCAUGGAUCUGUAUUUGUGGACAUUCCAUUAAUCGAUCAAUGCUACUAUGGUGAUGAAAUUUACAAUUACAAGGAAGAGCUCAAAACAAUUGGUGUUAUGUUUGAAUUUGGAGAAGCAUGUGAAUUUAUAGGAGAGCGUCUCAUGUCUCUAGCUGCUUCAUCUACCUUAACUAGAAGCCAUGUGAUUUCAAUGCUCAAUUUCAUUAGGUUUUUGCGGGAGAAGUUUCUGUCUCCAGAAAGAUUUAUUUGCAGCGUUAAAAAAGGGCGGUGGCUAAUGACAUCCUGCGGUAACCGAUCUCCAGUUGGAUCUGUUUUGUAUAAUCAGGAGUGGGAAAAUGCAAAGCUAUUAAGUGACAUACCCUUCAUUGAUCAAGAGUUUUAUGGUAAUGAAAUUCUUACUUUUAAAGCAGAACUCGAGUUGCUCGGUGUAAUAGUUGGACUCCAAGGAAAUUACAAGCUCAUUGUUGACUACCUGAAAUCCCCUUCAGCAUUCAAUUUUCUUACAGCUGAAGCUCUUUAUUUGGUUUUGAACUGCAUGAAGCUCCAUUCUGAUUCUGCUUGCAAAAUUGUGAAUGCUUGUAAAGGUACACAAUGUCUGAAGACUAACCUUGGGUACAAGUCUCCAAGCGAUUGCUUUUUGUUGGACCCUGAAUGGGGUCACCUUCUAGAGGUUUUUGGUGGCUCUAAUGUGAUUGAUCAGAAUUUUUACGGAAGGAACAUCAUAACUUACAAAAAGGAGUUGAAACAACUCGGAGUAAAGAUCGAAUUUGAGGAGGCUGUUGAAGUCUUUGUGCUCACUUUUAAGAAGCAGGCAUCAUUUUCUUCUAUCACAAAGAAUAAUGUUUUCUCGUUCCUGUCAAGCUAUAGACAACUAAACGGAUCCUCUCAUAAGCUUCCUUCAGAACUGAAGAAAUGCAUCCAUGAAGAGAAGUGGUUAAAGACUAGACUUGGUGAUUAUAGAUCUCUGAAAGACUGCAUUUUACUUAAUCCUGAUUGGAAGUCGAUCUCUGCAAUUACUCUUCUUCCGUUUAUUGAUGAUGGUGACAGUUGUUAUGGAAAGGAUAUUCAUGAAUACAAGAAAGAACUCAAGUGUUUGGGUGUGGUUGUGGAUUGUAAAGAUGGCUUGGAGUUUGUGGUUGAUGGUCUUUGUUUCCCCCAGGAUCCGAACAGAAUAACUCGUGAGAGUGUGGUUUCCCUGCUUGAAUUCAUCCGGCUUUAUUUGAAAGCUAAUUCCACUCUUCCUGAGCUGUUUUUGAAAAAGGCUUCCAGAAAAUGGCUGAAGAUCAAUACAGGUUAUGUGGCUCCAGAAAUGUGUUGCUUGUUUGAUUCAAAUUGGCUUUUGAAGCAGACCGACGGGCCAUUUAUUGAUGAUGGAUUUUAUGGUCAGAAUAUUACGUCAUACAAAAAAGAACUGGGAGCAAUAGGAGUUAUUAUUGAUAUGGAAAAAGGAUGCUGCUUGCUCGCCACUCAUCUGAAUUCACAUUCAGAAUUUGCAACCAUUUUACGAAUUUAUGAGUUCUUGAUUAAACACAAGUGGGAGCCUGAGAAUAAAGAAGCUGGUGUGAUUUGGAUUCCAUCUGGAAAUGAAGAUGGGAAUUGGUCUGAUUCAGGAUUAUGUGUUCUGCAUGACAAGGAUAAUCUCUUUGGCUCAGAGUUGAAUGUUCUAGAUAAACACUAUUCAUCGAAAUUUCUUAACUUCUUUUCGAGCAAAUUUGGUGUUAAAAGCAAUCCUUCAGCUGAUGAUUACUGCAAGCUUUGGAAGACAUGGGAAGACACAGGACACAAGUUGACGUAUGCUGAAUGUUGUGCAUUCUGGGGGUGGGCUAUGAAGCAGAAAAGCUCAAAACUAGAAAAAAUCCUCGCUAAUGACAUUGCGAAACUUCCUGUUAUUUCAGGCUCUGCUAAAAUAUCAUUGUGUGACAAGCGCGAUGUGUUCAUAGCUGAUGACCUUCAGCUGAAAGACCUUUUUAACAAGUCUUCAUCGUGCCCUAUAUUUGUCUGGUAUCCUCAGCCAAGCGCGCCUUCUGUGGCUCAGGGUAUGUUGCUUGACCUAUACAGGAGAAUUGGGGUUCGUACAAUUUCUGAAUCUGUGCAGAUUGAAAAGCUUUCUUUAGAAGAUGGUGUGGAACUCAAGCAAGCGAAUGGAAAUGAUAAUUUUAUUGGAAAAGAGCUAGUUAGAGUCAUUCUGGGAUUUCUAGCUGAUCCUGCUCUAAACAUGGAAGCAAAAACAAGGCAUGAAGCUGUAAAUGGCCUCAUUCAUCUCACUGUGUUGGAGACUAAGAUGCCCAUUCAUGUAAGCUACACUUUAUCACUCUCCUCCGGUGAGAUUGUGAAUGCGAAAGCUAGCCGGAUGUUGCGCUGGGACAAGGAAAACUGUAAGCUUUUCACACAGAAAUUGCAGCGUGCAGGUGGUCAGAAAAAUCUCAUAGAGUAUGCAACGAAUGUCUCAGAAGUAAUAGCCGAAGGAGUUUUGUGGGAGAAAGAAGAUCAGAUAAGUGGACUUUCCGAGCUGAUUAAAUUGGCUUUCGUGCUGAAUUUUGAUGAAGAAGCUGUGGAAUUCUUGAUGAAAUCCAAGAAUCUGCAAGUUUUCAUGGAGGAUGAGGAGUUUCUGUCUGCUGCCUUUCCCUCAGGCUAGUCGACUUAUGUUAUGUCUCUUUUAGCUGCAAUCCAUUUGCUUAGUUAAUUAUGCCAUCUUAUGUGUUAAUCAAUAUCAGAAUAUUUCUUAAAUAUGUUAAGUGCCCCUGGAAUCAUAUUAUGAUAUGAAUUAAUCUUAAAUUAUAUUUUAAUUAUAAGUACAGUUGCAGAGAA